UUUGACAACAUUUGUAUAUUUUACGUACGUUUUCUAAAAUUCAGACACUGUAAUUUUAUUUUUAUGAUUGGAACUGAAAUAAACUUGCAAAAUGGCUCAAAGUUCAACUCUGGUAACUUUAACACAGAUGUGCGACGCAGCUUUGAACACACCCGAAGUAGGAAUAGUCAAUUUUACACUAUUGCGUACCCUUCUUCAUGUUGUUUUGAAACAGCUAAAUUUAAGUGAUACCAAAGUUGAAUACAGAGGUGUUGAUAGUGAAAGAAUACAAACUUUCUUAAGUAAAAUCCAACCAGCAACACAACUAUUAGCAGAAUAUUCCAUUAGUGAUAAUCAAGAUGUAUCCGAGAAGAAGGAAGGCCAAGUAAUUGUCGUAACUUCAUCUAAUUCUUCAGAAAAUCCAGAAUUUACUGUAACAAUGACAACCGAAUAUAUGAACCACUUGGAGAAGUCUAUACAAUCACUUCAAGCCAAAGUCAAAGAGUUAGAGGAACUACCUGGAAAUUUGAAACUCUACGAAGCUAUUAAACAGGAAGGAUCCUCGCCCGUACUUGAUAUGUUUCAAAUAUUAAAUUUACAAAAGAGGAUGGAUGCAGUAGAUUUAAGUAUUGAAAAAUUAGCUUCAAUGCUAGAAACUGCUGCUAAGGGAUUUCCUUCACCUACUUUUGAAGAAAAUGGAGGACUUGAAGACCUGGAAAGACGAGUUAAAGCACUUGAAGACCAAUUUGGCAAACGAGGUUCAAAGUUGUCAAGAGGUUCAAAAGGAUUGAUCAAAAAGGUAGGUCCUACUUCUUCCAAAGAAAUAGCUAAGGAAUCUAAGGAGUUUGAAGGUGAAGAUGAUGACAUUGCCACUUCUAUUCAAAAUUUGAAAAAGGAGAUAGAAGCUAUAAAAGAAGUCCUUUUCAAAAAUGAAUCUGUUUUUGCGACUGAUGAUCGUAGAGAGUCGACUGUUGAAAACCAGCCCGUUGAGAUAAGAAUUAAGGGCGUUGAAAACAAACAAGCAGAAUUCAUAGACCAGCUCAAUUCGUUGGACUACGGUUUUAGUAGACUUCUCAACACGUUGCAAGGCAGAGUUGAAGAUCUUGAAAGAGAUGUGGGUGAACUUUUAGAAAAAAUACAUAUGAUGCCAAUUGGUGGAGAAAUAGGUGAUACCACAAAUAUCGAUUCAAUACAAAAGCAACUCAAAUCAAUGGAAAGUGACUUCGAAAAUAUAAUGGAGAAUGUAAAGAAACUAACAGAUGAAAGAGCCGCAAAGGAACACGCAAUAGAUGUUCUCAUAGAACAAAUAGAAUUACUAAAAACUGUCAAAGCUGAUAGAGAAGAUCUCGAAGAUGCAUUAGCCGAUAAAGCGGACGCUUGUCAAAUAAACAGAAAAGUAUCUUACGAACAAUUCGACCAAGCAUGUGGGGAUAUAAAUAAAAACUUGGAAGAAGCAUUAGCCAAACUUGCUCAACAGGAAACAUUAUGGACCCAAACCCUGACGAGCAUUCAAGGUGAAGUUGGUAGCAAAAUGGAUAAGAAUGAACUGACUCCAUUACGAGAAUUUAUUAAUAAUAAACUGAAAUCGCUACAAGAAAAAUUCAAAGCUCUUUCAGCGAUGAAGAAAGAACAAGAAGCAGCUGGCACCAAAACUAGGUUUCUAAGAAACGUCAACUGUAUAUCAUGUGAUAAAGACGUAGUUAUGCGUAGAGAUGUGGAUUCAUCUAUGUAUCCCAAACCGUAUUCCCUACCACCCACGAAAAGCGUCGGUCCAUAUUUAGCAUACGAACUAGACCAGUUGAGAAAACAACAGAAAUGCAUACCAAGUAAUAAAAACAUCAAUAUGUUUGAGAAUGCUUUGCAAAGUAGUCGAUCUGCCAAGAGUACAGAUCAUAUCUGUAAUAGAUAUUGCGGUGGUAGCCACACUGUUACUACCCCUCACCAGAGAGUUACGCGAUUAGGUCAUUUUAUUGAACAAUGGGGUCCUGAAAUAGCCCCUGCAGUCGAUUCCCAAGUCAGAGGAACCGAUGGUAAACUGUACAAAGCCCGAGAUGAUGCGCAUCUCAAAAAACUCGCUGCCGAAAAACCUCCAAUUUCACAUGCGGAAAGCGCAGCUCCAGCAAUGAUUAUAUCAGGAGAUCCUCCGACCACGAAAAAAAGUAGUUCACAAAUUGAAAAAUCAGAGGCCAGUCAUCAUUCGCAGUUUUCGUUGAAAGACGAAGCUUUUCCGUCAGUGACAAAUUUAGCACACAAUGAAGAAGACUUAGGCACUGAUCCUCAAAAGGAGUAAUGAAAAUGAUACAAUUAAAUUAUAUUUUACAUAUUUUAUUGCAUAAACAAAUUCAAUGCAGAA